AUGACAAAAAUAAAGAUAAAAAAGAAAAAUAAACAUCUAAAAACAUUUGAAGAAGAUUUAAAAAAUGAUAUAGUCACAAAAAAUAAAAUAUUUAAAAAAAAGAAAAAAGAAAAGAGAAAAGAAAAAAAACCAAAAAAAAAAAAAAAAGAUGACUUCAAUAAAAUUUUAAAUUUAGCUAAUGAACAAAAUGAAGAACACUUAGAUUAUAAUAUAAGUGAUAUAGAUGAAGAAAACAUUCGAGAAUCUGACAAAUUUUUAGAGUUUGAUGAUGACAUUUAUGAAAAUUCAGAUGUAAGUUUAAAUGAAAUGAAUAAUAAAUUAGAUUUUCAGAAGGAAGAUUAUUUUAAUGAAAUAGAUGAAUCUAAUGAUAUAUUUGAAGAAUUAGAUAUAAAAGUAAAUAAGGAAAUUUCUAAUGAGAUUGGAAGAAAAGAAAAAGAAGAAUUAAAACAAGAGGAACAAAGAGAUAAAAUUGAUCCAUUAGUUGAAAAAUGUUAUAAAACAAUUGGUGAAGAAUUAGCAAAUUAUAAGAAAGGAAAGUUGCACAGAGCCUUCAAAAUUUUAACAAAAUCACCAAAAUGGUUUGAGCUUUUGUUGUUAACAAAACCAAAGAAAUGGACAACACAAGCCACUUUUGAAGCAACAAAACUAUUUUCUUCAGGAUUAAAAGAAGCAGAUGUUUGCAAAUUUUAUGAGUUCAUAUUACUACCAAUUAUUUUAGAAAACAUUGAUCAAAACAAAAAAUUAGAUUCUUUUCUUUAUAAAACUUUAAUUAAAGCAUUAUAUAAGUCUAAUGCAUGGUUUAAAGGAAUUUUGUUUCCAUUAUUACAAAAUGAAUGUACAAAAAAGCAGAUGAUAAUCAUUGGAAGUGUAGUUCAAAAGAUGAGUAUAUCAGUUAACUCUGUAAUAUGUGGACUAAAUGAAAUUUUUAAAUUCCCAUGGAAUUCUACUAUAGGAUAUUUUUUAUGCAUUUUUUUUAAUAAAAAAUAUUCUUUUCCUAAACAAUUUAUUGAAGGUUGCGUUGAAUAUUUUAUUAAAUUUCAGAAUUAUCAAAAUCAUUUAACAAUAGUUUGGCAUAAAGCCUUAUUAAUGCUUAUUCUUAAUUAUAAAGAAUUAUUGGAUGAAAGUCAUCUUGAUAAAAUAAAAGUUUUAAUUCAGAAAAAAAAUCAUCAUCAAAUUUCAAGUGAAAUAUUAAAACAUAUGUAUUCAUCAUCAUCAUUUAUUAAAAAAAUUAAAGAUUUAACAAUAAACGAUGAAGAAAAUAUUGUAUAA